AUUUUAGGGGAAAUAUUUUAUGCGUGUAUGACAUUACUCAGCUGUCACUGUUGUGUUGGGGUGUUUGUCCAACAAACGUCUGGCAAAAUGUUGGAUACCUGAAAGUUGGUCAGUCAUAGCGGCACGUGAUAUUUUUAUUUUUAACAAGUUCCGGCAAAACCUUGGUGACCUACAGAAAUGGGGGAUGUUAACAUCGGCUUCGACGAUCACAGGAAAUUGCAGGUAGAUGUAAAUAAGCCACAGCCAGAAGCCAGCCUUACUCCGGAACCAGCCAAACCCGUGCCGGACGUCCCGACCCCCGUCCCCACCCCGUCCCCCCAGCCCCAGAUUACCAUCGCCAACCAGCCGAUGCAGUCGCAGAUCUCCUUCAAGUCUGACGUCACCAUCACCAGCAGCGGGGUCGUGGUCUCGCAGCCCGAGGCGGUGGUGACCCAGAGCCCCACCCCCGGGCCGGCGGCCGCCCCCAGGGAGUGGAACUCUGGGCUGGAUUCUUUCUGUGAUGACUGCCACAUAUGUUGCUGCAGUUUCUUCUGUUUCCGUUGCUACGCCAUGCACUUUGUCCGGACGUCCAUGAAAGAAUCUUGUAUGGUUCCCCUAUGUGUGCCAGGCUGGCUGAUCGUCAUGAGGUCAAAGACCAGAGCUGAACAGAACAUUAGGAUCAUCACAAAAGGGUUCCGUGAUGAAAGACUGCUGCGCCGCCUGGUGGUGUCCAUCUUGUGUCCUGUGUCAACUGGCCAGGGAGUACCAAACUUUGAAGCCAAAGUAACUGGCACUGUACCGGAAGCCAACAAGACAAUGUUCAGAUUAUUUAUUGAAUAG